AUGAUUUUUUAUUUCAUUUUCAACUCUUUAUCUUCAGCAUCAGUUACUAAUUCUGCUGAUGGAGAUGACGAAUUUACAAAGCCAUGGAUGAUUCAUCAGAACUAUUCUAUUGAUUUUCUUCCCGAAGAAGGAUUAAAGUAUAAUAAAAAGCUUGGAUCUGGAAAAUUUUCAGAAGUUUUCUCUGGAAACUUAGAGAAUGGAACAGAAGUUGCAAUUAAAAAGUUAAAACCAACAGAGAGAUGGAGAUUGAAUCGCGAAAUCAGGAUUCUCGCAACAUUACAACAUAUACCACAAGUAAUCAGAUUAUACGGCGUGUAUGGAGAUGAUAGCUAUCCAAUUGUUGUUACAGAACUUGGAAAAACUACAAAUCCUAAUAUCUUAACACUCGAUCAACUCAAAUGGCUAUUACGAGAAUUAUUUGAUUGCCUAAAUAAAACACAUCAUCAAAAUAUAUUCCAUAGAGACAUAAAAUGGCAAAACAUUUUGGUCGAUUUCCAAACUCAAAAAUUAAGAGUUAUAGAUUGGGGCCUUGCUGACUACAUGAAUCCUAAGUUCAAUUUUAGUUGCAGUGUUGGAACUAAAUCAUAUAAAGCCCCUGAAUUAUUAAUGGGCUACAAGAAAUACGAUGAAGCAGUUGAUAUUUGGGCUAGUGGUUGCAUACUAGCUAAUCUACUAUUUGGAUGCUCUGCAUUCUUCGCAGCUAAUGAUAAUGAUGGUGUUUUCAAUCGUCAAGUCAAAUUCUUCGGAUAUAAUAAAAUGACACAAAUUAAUGAAGUCCUCAAUACAUCAAAGUCAAUUCCAUACUACGGAAAACAGAGUUUCAUGGAAUACGUUUUACCUCACACAAAACACUUAAUUAACAAAGAAACAAUUGGAUUAGUUACAAAAAUAUUGAACCCAGAUCCAUUUAAGAGACCUACUGCUGACGAAAUCCUUCGAGAUGAUUUCUUAUAUCAAAAGAAAAAAUAA